AUGUCCUCUAGAAAGCAUUUAUCUGGUAGUGCCAAAAGGAAGAGAAAGAAGGAAAAAGAUGAAGAGGUAAAAUCCCUAAAAGGAUCACUUAAGAAUUUUUUCAGACCUGCUAGUUCUUCUAGAGAUCCCCUGGAAUUGGCCAUAGUAUGUGUUGAAGAACAACCAGCUGAAAAUACAAAUUCUAUUGAUGAUGAUAUGAAUGGCGGUAAUAGCAAUUCCAGUGAGCAAGAAAAUGUAACUCAUUCACCAAAUUCUGAAUCACCGGGUGUUGAUAAACAACAACCAUUCACUGUUGAUAUUUUUGAUCCACGAAACUGGGAUAAUCUGGAUGAUAAGGCUAGAGAUAUUUUAGUUGAGAAGGGUCCCAUAAGAAAUGAUGAUAUUGUGUUCCCUCCGGAUAGUAACUCUAGAUAUUUUUCAAAAUCUUAUUAUUCGAGAAAAUUGAGCAAUGGAGAGGUACAUGACAGGAAAUGGUUGGUUUACUCUGAACAUGCUAACAAAGUGUACUACUUUUGUUGCGAGCUUUUCAAAUCCCAUAGCAACAAGAGUGCGUUAGCAGGUAAUGGAUUGAGUGAUUGGAAGCAUCUUAGCGAGAGGCUUAAAGAACAUGAAAAUGGUGUAGAGCAUAUUAAAACCAUGAACACUUGGAAUGAGUUAAAAGUUAGACCAGCCAAAAAUAAAACCAUUGAUAAAGAUUUGCAGCAGCAAAUCAAUAAGGAGAAAGAACGUUUGAGACAAGUGUUAGUGAGAUUAGUAGCCAUUGUUAAAUAUCUUGGUAAACGUAGCUUGGUUUUUCGUGGAUCUAGUGAGAAACUUUACCAACACAAUAAUGGUAAUUUUUUGGCAUGUGUAGAGAUGAUUGCUGAAUUUGAUCCAAUAAUGCAAGAACAUCUUAGACGAAUUCAAAAUGAUGAAAUUUAUCAUCACUAUCUCAGCCACAAAAUUCAGAAUGAGUUGAUUUCUCUAUUGGCCUCUAGUGUUACUAGUUCUAUCUUACAAAUUAUUAAAGAGGCUAAAUAUUUCUCCAUAAUUCUUGAUUGUACUCCGGAUGUUAGCCAUCAAGAACAAAUGACCCUAAUUAUUCGAUGUGUUAACAUGUCAAAUAAGAAAAUAAAAAUAGAAGAUUUUUUUAUGGAAUUUUUGACAGUGGAUGACACUUCUGGUUUGGGUCUUUUUAAUGUACUUCUUGACGCAAUAGAUUCUUAUGGCUUAAAUAUUGAUAAUGUAAGGGGCCAAGGCUACGAUAAUGGUUCCAACAUGAAAGGAAAUAAACAAGGGGUACAAAGUCGUUUACUUGAAAAAAAAUCCAAGAGCUCUAUAUAUGCCAUGUGCGUGUCAUAG